AUGGCUGGCUUUGACGAUGCGGAGGAGGCGGUUCUUUUGUCACCUCGGGGACGCAAAAGAAAAAGGAAACCAGAGGAACACGACCGUAAACUAGCCAAGAAUGCCCGGCAUAGUGGUGGCGCGAACGCAGCUGUUGCUUGUGUACAUAACAACGUGAAUGUUUGUCAGGCAGCCAAGUUAUCCCCAGAAGACAUCGAUUACAUACACCACACCUUGUAUACCACCACAGACAAGGUAAAGCAAGAUGCCACGCUCUUGUCAUACAUGGAUGUCACCGCAGUAAAACGGAGGAGAUCAAAGAUAGAAGACAGUGCGCAACAGAAGUCCAGAGACCUGACGGUGAAAUAUUCAGUCUUGACCAGAGCACGAGAUAGGAUCCCAGUCUGCAAAUCCUCAUUCAUGAGCCUAUUCUGUGUGAAGAAAGACCGUCUGUGUAACAUCGCCAAGUUUUGGAAACAGAAUGGGGUGCCAAUGCCGGAGCGCCGUGGAGGAGCACGGAGGUCCGAAGAGAGGGCAGCUAAGAGAGAAGCCAUCAGAGAGCACAUCCAGACUUUCACCUGCAGAGCCAGUCAUUAUGCGCGCAGAGGAGCACCUGGUAGAAAGUACCUUCCUGUUGAUCUGAACGUUAGGAAGAUCCAUGAACUGUUCCACAGUCAGAAUGAGCAGCAGAUCUCCUAUGCAUUAUACUAUAGUGUGUUCAUGUAUGACUUCAACUUAGGAUUUGGACAUCCUGCAAAAGACGUUUGUAGCACCUGCAUAAAAUCCCGACUGAAACUGAAAGAUCCUGAGAUGUCAGAUGAGGAAAAGCGCAAGGAGGCUGCUCUAUUCAUGUUGCAUAGACGCAAAGCGCGCAAGUUUUAUGAUUGUUUAAAUGCUGACAGAGUCACAGGUCUAUCUCAGGACAGAGUCACAGGUCUAUCUCAGGACAGACUCACAGGUCUAUCUCAGGACAGAGACUCACAGGUCUAUCUCAGGACAGACUCACUGUCUAUCUCAGGACAGAGUCACAGGUCUAUCUCAGGACAGACUCACAGGUCUAUCUCAGGACAGACUCACAGGUCUAUCUCAGGACAGACUCACAGGUCUAUCUCAGGACAGACUCACAGUCUAUCUCAGGACAGACUCACAGGUCUAUCUCAGGACAGAGUCACAGGUCUAUCUCAGGACAGACUCAGUCUAUCUCAGGACAGAGUCACAGGUCUAUCUCAGGACAGACUCACAGGUCUAUCUCAGGACAGACUCACAGGUCUAUCUCAGGACAGACUCACAGGUCUAUCUCAGGACAGAGUCACAGGUCUAUCUCAGGACAGACUCACUCGUCUAUCUCAGGACAGAGUCACAGGUCUAUCUCAGGACAGACUCACAGGUCUAUCUCAGGACAGACUCACAGGUCUAUCUCAGGACAGAGUCACAGGUCUAUCUCAGGACAGACUCACAGGACAGACUCACAGGUCUAUCUCAGGACAGAUCACAGGUCUAUCUCAGGACAGACUCACAGGUCUAUCUCAGGACAGACUCACAGGUCUAUCUCAGGACAGACUCACAGGUCUAUCUCAGGACAGACUCACAGGUCUAUCUCAGGACAGACUCACAGGUCUAUCUCAGGACAGACUCACAGGUCUAUCUCAGGACAGAGUCACAGGUCUAUCUCAGGACAGACUCACAGGUCUAUCUCAGGACAGACUCACAGGUCUAUCUCAGGACAGACUCACAGGUCUAUCUCAGGACAGACUCACAGGUCUAUCUCAGGACAGACUCACAGGUCUAUCUCAGGACAGACUCACAGGUCUAUCUCAGGACAGACUCACAGGUCUAUCUCAGGACAGAGUCACAGGUCUAUCUCAGGACAGACUCACAGGUCUAUCUCAGGACAGACUCUCUAUCUCAGGACAGACUCACAGGUCUAUCUCAGGACAGACUCACUCGUCUAUCUCAGGACAGACUCACAGGUCUAUCUCAGGACAGACUCACAGGUCUAUCUCAGGACAGACUCACAGGUCUAUCUCAGGACAGACUCACAGGACAGACUCACAGGUCUAUCUCAGGACAGACUCACAGGUCUAUCUCAGGACAGAGGUCACAGGUCUAUCUCAGGACAGACUCACAGGUCUAUCUCAGGACAGACUCACAGGUCUAUCUCAGGACAGAGUCACAGGUCUAUCUCAGGACAGACUCACAGGUCUAUCUCAGGACAGAGUCACAGGUCUAUCUCAGGACAGACUCACAGGUCUAUCUCAGGACAGACUCACAGGUCUAUCUCAGGACAGACUCACAGGUCUAUCUCAGGACAGAGUCACAGGUCUAUCUCAGGACAGACUCACAGGUCUAUCUCAGGACAGACUCACAGGUCUAUCUCAGGACAGAGUCACAGGUCUAUCUCAGGACAGACUCACAGGUCUAUCUCAGGACAGACUCACUCGUCUAUCUCAGGACAGACUCACAGGUCUAUCUCAGGACAGACUCACAGGUCUAUCUCAGGACAGACUCACAGGUCUAUCUCAGGACAGACUCACAGGUCUAUCUCAGGACAGACUCACAGGUCUAUCUCAGGACAGAUCACAGGUCUAUCUCAGGACAGACUCACGUCUAUCUCAGGACAGACUCACAGGUCUAUCUCAGGACAGACUCACAGGUCUAUCUCAGGACAGACUCACAGGUCUAUCUCAGGACAGACUCACAGGUCUAUCUCAGGACAGACUCACAGGUCUAUCUCAGGACAGACUCACAGGUCUAUCUCAGGACAGACUCACAGGUCUAUCUCAGGACAGACUCACAGGUCUAUCUCAGGACAGACUCACAGGUCUAUCUCAGGACAGACUCACAGGUCUAUCUCAGGACAGACUCACAGGUCUAUCUCAGGACAGACUCACAGGUCUAUCUCAGGACAGACUCACAGGUCUAUCUCAGGACAGAGUCACAGGUCUAUCUCAGGACAGACUCACAGGUCUAUCUCAGGACAGACUCACAGGUCUAUCUCAGGACAGACUCACAGGUCUAUCUCAGGUCUAUCUCAGACUCACAGGUCUAUCUCAGGACAGACUCACAGGUCUAUCUCAGGACAGACUCACAGGUCUAUCUCAGGACAGACUCACAGGUCUAUCUCAGGACAGACUCACAGGUCUAUCUCAGGACAGACUCACAGGUCUAUCUCAGGACAGACUCACAGGUCUAUCUCAGACAGAUCACAGGUCUAUCUCAGGACAGAUCACAGGUCUAUCUCAGGACAGACUCACAGGUCUAUCUCAGGACAGAGUCACAGGUCUAUCUCAGGACAGACUCACAGGUCUAUCUCAGGACAGACUCACAGGUCUAUCUCAGGACAGACUCACAGGUCUAUCUCAGGACAGACUCACAGGUCUAUCUCAGGACAGAGUCACAGGUCUAUCUCAGGACAGACUCACAGGUCUAUCUCAGGACAGACUCACAGGUCUAUCUCAGGACAGACUCACAGGUCUAUCUCAGGACAGACUCACAGGUCUAUCUCAGGACAGACUCACAGGUCUAUCUCAGGACAGACUCACAGGUCUAUCUCAGGACAGACUCACAGGUCUAUCUCAGGACAGACUCACAGGUCUAUCUCAGGACAGAUCACAGGUCUAUCUCAGGACAGACUCACAGGUCUAUCUCAGGACAGACUCACAGGUCUAUCUCAGGACAGACUCACUCGUCUAUCUCAGGACAGACUCACAGGUCUAUCUCAGGACAGACUCACAGGUCUAUCUCAGGACAGACUCACAGGUCUAUCUCAGGACAGAGUCACAGGUCUAUCUCAUGACAGACUCACAGGUCUAUCUCAGGACAGACUCACAGGUCUAUCUCAGGACAGACUCACUCGUCUAUCUCAGGACAGACUCACAGGUCUAUCUCAGGACAGAGUCACAGGUCUAUCUCAAGACAGACUCACAGGUCUAUCUCAGGACAGACUCACAGGUCUAUCUCAGGACAGACUCACUCGUCUAUCUCAGGACAGACUCACCAGGUCUAUCUCAGGACAGACUCACAGGUCUAUCUCAGGACAGACUCACAGGUCUAUCUCAGGACAGACUCACUCGUCUAUCUCAGGACAGACUCACAGGUCUAUCUCAGGACAGAGUCACAGGUCUAUCUCAAGACAGACUCACAGGUCUAUCUCAGGACAGACUCACAGGUCUAUCUCAGGACAGACUCACAGGUCUAUCUCAGGACAGAGUCACAGGUCUAUCUCAAGACAGACUCACAGGUCUAUCUCAGGACAGACUCACAGGUCUAUCUCAGGACAGACUCACUCGUCUAUCUCAGGACAGACUCACAGGUCUAUCUCAGGACAGACGUGUGACAUAA